UCAUAAAUGAGUCUCUCACUUAAUUUCCUUCAGCUCAUCCUCGAACCAAAUCGAACGUGCAACGCCAGACUCACUUACAUUCCUAUUUAAAAAAUAGAAAGGAAAACUGCUUAUCCUUUACAGCGUGGACAGGAGGUUAACGAGAUCAUGCUCAAACCAUUCAACAACCACCUGCUUCAACAUGGAGGUGCACAGGACAUGGACCUUUGGAGCAUCAGGACAGAAGCCGCAGAUGAGAAGAGCAUCAGAGAGGAUAGAGUUGAAGGGGCAUCAGAACAUCCGGUAGGUGUAGUUCCCUGGACUUUUGGCAUUCCUGACUGCAGUGCUACAGAUGGAGAAGAAGGAGAAGGAGAAGGAGGAGGAGGUGGGCUCGGGGAUGAGGCUGUGCAACGGUACAACAACUACAACGGUAGAACAUAA